AUGCCUAGCUUGAUGAUGUCAAAACCAAAUGUUGGCCGGCGCAUCAGGCAGGUAGGUGAGCCGCUGAGCUUGCAGGAACAAGCGCUGUACCGCGAGAAGUCCCAACAAGCGCCUGAUGCUGAAGCCAGUGGAAGCCCGAAGGAGUCGCAAGAGACCGACGCGGCUCCCAAGACUUUCUUGGAGGAUGCAAAGGCUCCGACCGAGGUCGAGGUCGUGGCGGCGUCCGAGGCGAAACCGCCAGAGCAGCCCGACGAAGCCGCGGCCCUGGCGGCUGGCGAGGCUACGGCGGCUACGGCGGCUACGGGGCCGAGCGAGAGCUCAGCGCCCGACGCAUCGCCAGCUCAGGCGAGCGCUGCAGCGAGUGCUGAAGCCAGCGUUGAAGCGAGCGCAGACGCUGACACGACGGGCUCCAAAGCCGAAGCCGAGAAGAGCCCCUCAGUGCAACCUGGACACGAGUCGAAGGAUGGAACGCUCCUGGCCGAGCACGAACACGAGCAUGAAGAGACGGAUGGCGAGGAACACGAGUUCGGAGAGACCGCCCAUCUCGUGGAGCUGGAGGCUGAAGAGGACCCUGAGUUCGAGCAGGAGGAGCCGGACGUUGAUGAAGAAGAUGCAGAGGAGGAAGAGGAAGAAGUGUACAAGGAGGAGGAGAUUGGCCCGCCGAUCAACAUCUACAAGCCCGUGACACCUUACGAGGUCAAUUGGGAAAUCACGGAAGUUCCGGCCGAGGGAUCUGCAGGUGGAACCCAAGGGUCGAAGAAGGUCGGAAAAGUCGUGAAGGCGAAGGUGACGAAAGGACGUUGCCAAUGGCGCAAUCCUGUUGGGUUCAUGUGCUCGACGGACACGUCGGAGGCUGCCGAGCAUGAGCCGUGGCCAAAUGACAUGUAUGCUGUCUAUACGUCGACCCAGGGAGGAGACAGCAAGGACAUGUCCUGGGUCGAAGGCGUAACGCUGUUGAGUUCCGAGGGGCACAACAUCAUGGCCUUCAUCUUGCUCAUGGCCUUUCUCCGAGAUCACCAGGAGCUCUACGUGGAUGUGGACCUGAUGGACGGUCGCAUCUACUCCAUGAAGGGUCCUGGUGGGCUGGAGCUGACGCCUGCAGAAGAUCAAGUUCUUCUGUGCGAGGAUAUAGAGGUCAUCAAUGAUGUGCGGAAGGCUUUGUCAGAGGCUUUCUACAGCAAAGCUCCGCCCAAGAUUACCACCGUGGAAGGGGAGGAUGGGAUCGACUUCUCCGGGACACGAGGCAGACGGGACGAUGAGCCUGUACCACAGGUGGCUGCCGAGCCUCGAGUUUCAGAAGCAUUGGACCGUCUUUUUGAAGUGCUGCGCGAGUGCUCCACACGCAUGGAGAGCAUCGACGAGGAGACCUGGGACAAGCGCAUCCGCCUGUCCAAGCCGACUCGACAGAUCAUUCCGUUGCACCAACAAAGUAGCAGGAAGGCCAAGGCAGUUUUGCACUUUAAGGAUAGUUGA